AUGGCGUCCAAGUAUGCAUUCAGCACGGGGCUGAAGGAGCUGCGGUUUCUGUUCUGCCAGACCAGCGAGCACAGCGCUGCGACACGGACUUUCCUCCAGCGCAGCUACCCCACAAUGAAGAAGCACAACCCGCACACUCCGAUCCUCAUUCGCGAGGCCAGCGGCUUCGAGCCUACGCUCUAUGCGAGAUACAACUUUGGAAAGGAGAAGAAGAUUCAGUUGAAGGGUCUGGACGACAAGUCGAUCGAGCAGAAGGUCUCCGAGCUUGUGCAGGCUGAGUCGGCAUAG